AUGGUCCCCGCGACGUUGGCUCUCCUCGCCCCGCUCGUUUAUUCUACAUUCACUAAUGCCCUUCCUUUCGACUCGAAACACACUGAUCAUGUCAGUAGACAGACCGGAGGUUCAAACUGGAACGCUUUGGCUUGCUAUACGGACAAUACCCUCGCCCGCACGCUCACUGGAGCCCAACUUGCCUCCGACUCCAUGACCACAGCCAUGUGCCAGGACUUCUGCUACUCUAAUGGCUUCAGGUAUGCUGGCACUGAAUGGAGCAGAGAAUGCUAUUGUGACAGUGAAUUCCGCAACAAUGGAGCCCCAGCCGAUAGUGGAUGCGACAUGAAAUGCUCAGGUUCACCUCAAGAGAUUUGCGGUGGUGGUGUCCGGCUCUCUGUUUACGAGAACUCUGGCGACCUCGCCCCGCCAGAGCCAACGUAUCCCGGCUGGACCUCGCAGGGCUGCUACACCGACUCUGUCGCCAACCGUGCUCUUCCUACCCAAGUAUACGUCGAUGGCGAUAUGACUAUUGCGAAAUGCACGGCAAAGUGCUUCAGCCUGGGAUAUCCUCUCGCUGGCGUCGAGUUCGCGCACGAGUGUUUUUGCGCGGAUUCUGUUGGCUCUUCUGGAGGUCCCGUGACCACGGGUUGUGAUAUGAAGUGUACCGGAAACCCUAGCGAGACAUGCGGAGGUGCCGAUCGCUUGAACGUCUUCAAGUAUGCUGGUGCAUCUCCUCUUCCAUCGACCGGAGACUGGGUUCUUGACAGUGCUACCGGCUGCUACACUGAUGCCGUCACCAAUCGUGCACUAGGUCUUCGUGUGUACGUCAAUGGUCCAAUGACCGUACCCAAAUGCACUGCAAAGUGUUUCUCCUUGAACUAUGGCUACGCAGGUCUUGAGUUCGCCGAUGAGUGCUAUUGCUCCCACUCGAUUGGCUCGUCUGGCGUGCAGGCUACGGAUGGAUGCACAAUGCCAUGCUCCGGAGAUAUGUCUACAAUCUGUGGUGGACCGGAUAGGAUCACCAUUUACAAGUAUCAGGGCAACGCUCUCACAACCCAACCUACCGUCCUCGAGUCGUACAGCAACUUUGUUAGCCAAGGAUGCUAUGUCGACUCUGUUCAGGCCCGUCUCAUGACCCCAAUGGACGUCGUCGGGCAAAUGACCGUGGAGAAGUGCAUCGACGCUUGUUCUGCGGCUGAAUACGAUGUGGCCGCUGUGGAAUUUGGCUCCGAGUGCUAUUGCUCUGUCGGUCUCCCAGCGGAAAGCUUCAAGGCUACCGAUAACUGCAACAUGCCGUGUGCUGGAGCCGCUGAUUAUCUGUGUGGGGGCGCAAACCGUUUGAAUGUUUAUCAGUAUCAGCCACCGACGACUGGUACUAGCACAAGCAGCCAGAUUGAAACCAGCACGUCGACCUCGACCUCGAGUACAUCGACACCGACCUCGAGUACAUCGACUUCGACCUCGAGCACAUCGACUUCGACCUCGGCUACCGCUUCCUGGUCUUGGGAGUACAAAUCCUGCCACAAAUUAGAGCAAUAUCAUGAACUUGCCGGGAUGGAUGACCCAGAGAUUUGUGGUUUUUCAUAUCGUACGGCAAUGCUCUCAGGAGCGGACUGCUUCUGCAUCCCGAACGCCCUUGAUCUUGCCUCGGAUUACACAUGCACGACGCCGUGCCCUGGGAAUACUGGGCAGAUAUGCGGCUUUGAUAAUCCGCGUGCAUCAAACAACUACGCUUGGGCGCUCUCUGUCUACACCGCCAGUAUCACCAAUGUCGCCACGACUGCUUCUUCAACCACUCCAACCACGACUCCGUGCAUGAACAAGCGUGCUAGCAUGGAUUUCAACUGCGCCACUUAG